UCAUAGGCCUUUUAUGCGUCAUUGUUAUUUGCAUGCAACCUGGCGCUGUAUUGCUCCCUUCGGCCGCUUCGUCGAGUUGGGCAAGACGGACCUCUCAGCCGGUUGUCGUAUAGAGGCCGGGCAAUUUCUUCGUAGUAUUACAUUCACUGCUUUCAACUUGAGCUCUCUUUAUAUGAGCCACAAGGAGCAUCAUCGGAUGCUUUGAAAGGAGCUGCUAUCUAAAGUCCUAGAUCUUUACCGCGAAGGGAACUGGCUGAGCCAGAUCACCUAGAAGUCUUCGACAUUUCCAACGCGGCUCAAGCAUUCAGGCGCUUCUCUUCCCGGAACAAGAUCGGCAAGAUUGUGCUAAACCUCGAAACCCCUGAUUCCCUCAUGAAUGUUCACUACCGAAGUACACCACACGUCUUAAUAGUGCCAAGGCGUAUAUCAUAGUUAGCUGUUUGGGAGGGCUAGGUCGAACUCUAGCUCGGUGGAUGGUACUUCGUGGUGCCAGACAUUUUGCUUUUCUUGGUCGGUCAGGAUUGGAUAAAUCUACAGCGCGCGAUUUGAUUCAAGAUCUUGAAACCUUAGGCGCUGAAUGCGUCGUGAUCAAAGGUGACGUCUGCAACCCAAAAGAUGCGAUGAGACUUAUUGCCGCGACCGAGAGAGACAUUGGUGGUGUUGUUCAGGCCUCCAUGGGGCUAAAGGAAUCGCUCUUCUCUGACAUGUCUAAUGAGAGCUGGCACAUCGGCAUAGAUCCCAAAGUUCAGGGGACAUGGAAUUUGUAUAACAGCCUCCAGACGACGGGUCGGCACCUCGGACUCGACUUCUUUCUUCUCACGUCAUCUGUAUCUGGAAGUGUCGGUACUGCCACGGAGUCCAACUAUUGUUCCGCUAACCAUUUUCUUGACCAUUUCGCUCGCUACCUGCGUAGUCAAGGGAUACCGGGUGUCUCGAUUGGACUUGGCAUGAUCUCCGAGGUCGGGUAUCUCCAUGACAACCCAGAAAUCGAGGCCCUCCUUCUACGUAAAGGGAUCCAGGCACUAGAUUCGGACGAGUUGCUCCAGAUCAUAGAUCUUGCAUUAUCCAGUAGCCUUACCGCGAGUACUCACGAUGAUUAUGAUUUACUCGCUAAUGCACAUCUACUAACUGGUAUGGAGGCGUCUGGCCUUAAACGAUUACGCAAAAUGGGCUUCGAUGGCACAAAUGUUGCUUGGGACGAUCCGCGCGCCAGUCUACUUGCCAACGCCCUAGACGGGCAACAAUUAACUCAAUCGCCUAGCCACAGUGGAAAGCUCCCAGCCGGGGUUAUGAAAGAAUUGGAUCAAGGGAAGACGUUAGCAGAAUCCGUAUUAGACUGCAUAAGACGAAGAUUUGGAAAUUUGGUGCUCAUGAAAUAUGAGGAUGUUGACGCAAAGAAGCCAUUGGCUGAUUAUGGAAUGGACAGCAUGAUAGCAGCUGAGUUUAGGACCUGGUUCUACCAAAACAUGAAGGUCGACAUUCCUAUGUUAGUCUUAUUGGACAAGAUAAGCAAUCUCGAGACACUGAGGGACACAUCUCUUUCUCAGUUGGAAUAGAAGUUAAGAGCUGAUGGCUAAGACCACCAUAGGCUACCAUCUUAGGUUGCUGACAAUUCAAUCUAUUUGAUGCGCUAAAA